CUCCAAUGAAAAUAAGCUAUUUUACUGUCCGUAUGUCUUCACUCCACUCUUCACCUCUUCACUUCACUCUUCCUUCUCUUCUUCUAGUUCAUCGUCAUCCGCCCAUUUUUUAAUCCAUAUAUUUAUUUAUACAUAUUUUUAAAACUUCUUCGCUGCUGGGGUUGUGUACCUCUUCCCCAAUUAAGCUUUUAGUCCGCCAUAAAAAAAGUCCCCCUAGACUUCUGGUAGCACACUCAUCAUGAACAGAAGCGGGUCUAGUAAUUCAUUGCCAUUCUACUUUAAUGGCCCGUCCUCAUCCUCCUCUAGAAGACCAGGCCUUGUCUCAACUGCAUCCUCAUCUUCCAUUCCUCCCAGCAACAACAAACGAUUUCAACCCGCAAAGUUCUUUCUCCUUCUAAGUCUCUGUGUUGUCUCACUUUUAGUCCUUAGUAAAGUAUCUACACCUCAGGAAGACAGCAUUGUCGAUGAACCAUCCAAUGUCAAGGACACCAACGAUGAAGUUGAGCGUGGGCUCAUUGUUCAACAGAUCAUGGAAACUCGUAAAUCAGCCUACUCAUUCGAAGACUUUACAGAGGAAGGUCUAGCCCGACCUGGAAAUGAGCAUCUCUUGCCGACAACUGCUGUAUUACUUGGCUGGAAGCGUACUCAAGGAUUAAAAUUGAUUGUCAGUUAUUUAGUCCGUUAUCCAUUCAUUAAACAGAUCAUUGUCUGGAACAAUAACCGAGACAUAAAACUGUCUCGUAGGGACUUUGAGAUGGAUCCGAGUUAUGGCCCGCUACCGGAACUGCAGGUUUACAAUGCCGCAGAGAACCUACACGACUUUGCGAAAUACAUGUCAUGCUCGCUUGCCAAAUAUGAGCAUUGUUAUUUCCAAGAUGAUGAUUGGCUCAAUACCCAUAUGGAUGCACUCUACACCAAUUUUUUGACCAGUCCAAACUUGAUCCACACCAAUACCUUGCCAUUAAUUCAGAUGGAGCACCGUCGAUGGACCUUUACCAAUGAGGACUAUAAUAUGCAUGCUGGAUUCUCAUGGAUGGGUACAGGAUCGUAUGUGUCUCGAGCCAAGGCACAACGGUUGCUUGAACAACGUGGCAACACUACACUCUCAAAGGAGCGGUUUAAAGUGAUCGAUAUGUACUUUUCGAUUUGGACAAAUCAGUAUCCUUAUCAAUUGGUCAAUUAUCUCACUCCACUCGAUCAGAAGAAUGGUUGGAGCACAGAAGGUGUCAACGACCAUUGGAGCAUUGUCUUUAGGAAUAUGCUGGAUGCUGCUGAUCGCUUAUACUCAGCUUUACUGGCGAGCUUCGCAAAUCCUGGCAAGAGUCCUUUUGUGCGAGAAGAGGAGGAGCCAUAUGUCCAAGAUAGACACACUAGAGCACCAUGCUUCAAUGAUAAAUGUCUUUUUAUGACCAGCCUGGAUCCCUUCCCUAAUCCCAAGGAAGUAGUUUUCAAGGGUGACCUACAAACGAUUGAUGAGCAAAAUGCAAAGUUCAUGGAAUUGGAUUAUCCCACGACAGAAUUCUGGAGAACGUUUGCAUAUAUCCAUGCAGUCGAUAAUGAUCCCCUGACCUGCUGGAAUAGUUUUAAAGUGCCUCAGAAGGGUGAUUCAUUUGGUCUUCGAUUCGUGAAGCCGACGAUACUUACUUAUCUUACCAUUACAUCCUCAAAAGGCCUGACAAGUCUAGAAGGACAAAUCACCGUGUUGGCUUCAGAUCACUACGGUGAUCAAUGGACGACAUGCCAACACACGGCACGAUACCCAUUCGCUCACACAAUGACAUUGGAUCUUGCAUGCCCGCUUAUUUCAACGAUGCUACCCGAAGGAGCUGUCUAUCAAAUCAAGGUGCAACUAGAGAUCGGUAUGGAAAAGACUUUAGAGAUUUGUGGUAUGGAUGCAGGCGGCAUGGUCCUUUAAGUGGAUAUAAAAGAAAACGCAGUUGGUGCAAUAUCAUUCCUUUAUUGUUACAUAUGGUUUAUUUAUUCACAUUAAAUAGUAAUAUCUCAUUUAUAAAAGGGAA